AAAGCAGAGAAAGGUCUUGCCUAUCAGCUGAGCAAAGCAGUUGAUGGGACAAAUUACCAACUUUUUUUUUUUUCUUAAGGUUCCCCUCUAUCUUAAGCCCAUUUUCAGUGUUACACAUGCUAUUUUUAAAAUAACACAUUUUGUUUAUCUACCCUACAGUGCCUGUCUACUGCCCCUUGCAGCAGCUGUGUCAUGCCUGGAAGCCCAAGGGGUUGCACUGUUUAUAUAGUUACUCUGCUGAAAUUUUGUGCCAGCAUCUGUAGAAAGCAAUGAGGUUCUUGGCUUUUUCAUCCCAAUCCAGGAGCAGUGAAGAAGAGGAAUAGAAGUCCAAGACAUUUUAAGGUCUUUUUAUGGAUCAGAAUUGGCUGUGACAUGCUAUUGUCAAAUACACUCCAGAGGAGCUGGUCUGCACACACUGAUGGAAAGAAUAAAUGGAGAUGUGUUACUGGUAAAAAGUGUUUGUUGAUCUGCAGAAUUUGCUCCUUAUAGAUGCAGCCAGAUGAAAUCCGUGGCAGACCGCCCCAUCCCGGGUGAAGAAGUUCCCCUGAGAAGGCAGUAAAGCCGGAUAUCAGCAAUCAAGGUGGUCCACUUGCAAGAUGAUGACAGUGAUGAAGUUGAGGAAGUCGACAAUGACAAAGUGGACAACAUCAUCGAGGAUGAUGAAGUCGAAGUCGAUGAGGAUGACAAUGAUGACAAUGAUGAAGAGGUCCGCAGUGACGAAGUCCAUGACGUUGACGAUUACAAAGUUGAAGUCAAUGAAGAAGACAAUGACAAAGUUGAGGAGGACAAUGACAAUGAUGAUGAAUACCAUGAUGACGAUGAGGUCUGCAAAGUUGAUGACAACAAAGAUGAGGACAACGAUGAAGAUGAGGAUGACAACAAAGAAGAUGAGGAUGAUGAAGACAACAACGGUGAAGAAUUUACCAGGACAAUGAAAUAAAUGGGAACAAUGAUGAUGACAACGAUGCUGAUGAUGAAGUUGAGGAGCUGAGGUCCAUGACAACAAUGUUGAUGACAAUGAAUCCAUGAUGAUGACGAAUUGACAAGAUCUGCUAAGUUGACGAUGACAAAGAUGAGGACAACAACAAAGAAGGUGGUGACGACAAACACAAUGAUGCCGACAAGUAGACGAGGAUGAUGAAUCGAUGAGGAUGAGGAUGACGAUGCAGUCGAGGACAACAAUGCCCAUGACAAUGAUGUUGACGACAACAAAUCGAUGAGGACGAAGAUGAAGUCAAUGACAAGUCAAUGAUGACAACGAUGACGAAGACAACGAUGAUGGCGAAAACAAUGAUGAAUCGACUGCGAUGUCGAAUAGACUGCAACAAGGAGCCUGAUGAUGAUGAAGAUGACAAAGACGACAAAGAAGUCAGAGACUACAAAGUCAGUGAUGACAACAAAGUCCUUGAUGACAAAGACGAUGAUGAAGUCCACAACAAUGACGAUGAUGAUGAAGUCAGGAAGAUGAUGACAAGGAUGACGAGAAAGAUGGCAAUGAUGUUGAUAACGGCAAAGAUGAGGAUGACGGUGAAGAAGACAACAAUGAAAAUGACAAUGAAGUCAAUGAAGGCAGCGCUGAUGACAGUGAUAACGAUGAAACGAUGAUGAAUUGAUGAUGACAAUGAAUCAUCAACGACAAUGAAUUUCAUGAAAACAAUGAGCAUAAUGAUGAUGAAGACUACAAAGAUGAUGACAAAGUUGACAACUACAAAGUCGUCGACAAUGACAAAGUCCUUGAUGACAAUGAAGAUGACAAAGUCCACAAUGAUGAUGACAAAAUUGAUGACGAGGAGGAAGAUGAAAUUUUAGUGUUAGGUUACAGCUUCUGAAGGAGAAGAAGCAAAAUAUUUAAAUAUUGGAGUACUGAGGAAAGGAAAAGGAUCACACAUUUCUUGGAGAGACUAUGGAGGAGAGCUGAGAGUCUGACGGAUUUUAUAAAUGGAAAGAAUCAAAGUAACGGUUGGCUGUGCAUUGAAGGGAAGGAUCUGGGUGAGGUGCUCCAGAAUAGUCAGUAUUUUGAACUACAAAGCAUGACAAAAUGAGUUCUGGGGGCAGCUGGAGCUAAUUGCCUAUUUCUCUUUCACAGUCUCUGGUGGUCCUUGAUGCUUCAAAACUUGUAAAUUUAGGAUUAGGAGAGAGAAGGGACACAUUUGUCAUUACGUUUUGUGCAGCACGAAAAAUAAAACCUGCUCAUGUUGGUUGUUGUGAUGGGAUCAUUCAAAGUUCUGAGGAAAGUUUCCAAAAAGAGAGGAUAGCAGCAAUUUAAAGAGAGAAAGAAAGAUCAGAAUCUAUUGUUGGGUUAAAAGUAGACCCUCACUCUAAAAUGAUUGAUGACAUAGAGUAAUGUCCAAGCAUUUCUAUUCCCUUCAGGAACAGGCUUUUAGUGCAGUCUGGAGAUCAUAAGAUGGAUGAAAAUUUGGUUGGAGUCAGGUUUGGGAAAAGAAAGUUAAACUUAUCUGUGGUGGUGGUGAGUGUGGUAUAACCUAGAAAGAUGAAUGUACUGGAAAGAGCACUGGUGCUGAUAUUCUUUUAUUUUGUUUAAUUACUCCAUGGUGACUGUACAGCUUUUUAAAUACCAGAGCUUAAGGGUUAAUAAAGGGUAAUGUUUCAACAGGAAUGAUUAGAACUGGAUUGAAGGAAAUGCCAAAAAUAUUUUGUGGUAAUACUACAGAAUUAGUACUCCUGAGUAUUACAUAGGAGUUAAGUUGAAUGCAAGUUGUUAAUUAAAUUAUAUAUUUAUAUGUUAUAUAAGAAAAAUAUUAUUAAUGGUCUUUUUGAGAUAAUGGCUUAUUUUUGGUUCCUUUAGCUGUGCCUGAGAAGUACAGUAGGAUUCAGGUUAGAGUAGUGGAAAUGAGGGAGGUAAAUACUAAAAGUAUGGCUGUAUAUUGCAGACAGUGCUUUCAAAAGAGCCAAUUUUUAUAUUUUUCAGGUUAUGCCUUGUGAUUGCAAAGUAGCCAUAGCCAGGUUAGUGUUAAUUUUCAAAAAAUCGGACUAGAUAAUUAUUGUACUGAUUUCAGACCUUCAAAGUAAAAUAAUUUAAAAUCACCUUAGCUAGCUGUAUUGGGGUUUUGUGGACAGAUUUUGGUAGUGGAGGGGUCUACCAGGAUGGCUCCUGUGAGAAACUGCCAGAAACUCCUCCCAUGUCUGACAGAACCACUCCCUGGUGGCUCCAAGGUGGACAUGCUUCUGGUCAAGGCUGGUCAAGUUAGAAAUUGUGGAAACACCUCUGUGAUAAUGUAUUUAAAAGGAACUUUAAAAAGAAAAGCUACUGCACAGCUGUAAUUGUGACCAGGGAAGAGCAAAGAGAGGCACCCAGGUCAAUGCAGAAGGAGAGGGAGGAUAUGCUGCAAUCACCAGAGUUGAGUUUCCUCUGCAGACUGUGGUGAAAGCCAUGUUGAAGACCGUGGUGAGGCAGCUGUGCCUCUGCAGCCCCUGGAGGUCCAUGGUAUGGAGAGAUCCACCUGCAGCCCAUGGAGGAGACACACAGAGAGCAGGACCACCCUGGAGCAGCCUGUCCUUGUGGGACUACACUCCAUGGAAGAGUGAUCCACACUGCAGCAGUCUGGGGGGGACUCUUGCCAUUAGCAAUCAGAAAGCGAGGAAGAGAUACAAAUUUUGUGGUACUGUUUCUAAACUAGAGAAAUAAAACUAGUAUAUGAACCAAAUGGCUCCAAUUUUUCUCCAACUAGACGGUAAGGCUGAAAAGUAAGCAGUGAACAGAGUUAAAAUUAGGGCUAUAAUUAGUAUAAAACAAAUGGGAAGGAAAAUAUUUUAUAAGUGUAUAGUGGACUGUAUGUAGAAAAAAAUAAAACCAGUUCUGCUUUUACAUAAUAGAGAAUAUUGUUAUAACCUUUUAUCUUCAGGGCUUGACUGUCAACUUUUAAUGUCACUUUUGACAGCCAUAUUUGACAGUGCUAUGGGUUGGUUUAAGGUGGAGAUAAAAAUGGAGAUGUAAGAAUCCUUACAUUUUGUGUAAACCACUAAUGUAAAACAAAGUUUUGAAUUGUACAGGUGAAAGCUUCUUUCCUGUUGUCUCAGGUUUGGUUACCAUGAGAAGAGCUUGGGUUACAGUUAGAUUUUCAGUCAGCUUUAGGAGUGGUCUAGCUUUAGGGGUUUCUUGGAUGAACAAAUGAAAAUGACAGGAUUUUAAAGAGGGACCAUAGUUACUUCUUUUAGUCUCUGCAGCUGAUGGAACUGGGUUACAGAGCAGAAUAUGGGAGAGGGAAGAAAAGAAUCAUCUUAUUUAUGGUAUAGAAAUGAAAACUGAAUUUUAAGAUUAUUGUACCAAUAUUUUCUACUUUUAUUUUAUACAUGACCAUCAGUUAUAGUACUACUGGAACUCAUUUUAACCAUAUGCAUUAAAAAAAGAGGGCAGGAAGAAGUUUAUGUUUUAUAUUAUUUUUAAGAUAUUGCCAGAAUAAAAUCAACCCUGAGCAGUGGCUAUCUUUGUUAUUUCUAGAAGAUUUUGACAGCCAUGACUAGGGCAAGAUUAGACUAAAAGAUGUAAUUAUUGUUAAGCACAUGAGAGAAAGAAAUAAUGAGAAACAGUUUCCUCCAUUUUUCUGUCCUCAGAUCAGAAGAGUGUUGAUGCUUUUACACACAUCCUUAUGAAGGAAAAAGAGCUCAAACAAGUUUUUAGGCAAGAUUCUUUCUCCCUCCCAUACUUAUUAUGCUUCAAUUGCAACUAAUUAUGUCUUCCAAUACCCAUCCACAGGCCUCUAAAAAUAAGUGACCUUGUAGCUCUUGAUUUUUGAACUGAAGUUCACAAGACUCUCAUGGGCUUGAAAGGGUUCUAGAGCAAGUUGAAAUUACAACUAAUUCUUUAACUUCUCUUAUGAACAUGAUUACAAUUCCUACAAGGAACACUAGGAUGCUCAUUGAGCUACAUUUAAGGACAGCUGUGACAUAAGCUUUGGGAAGAUGACAGAUACUGUCACACUGGGGGAAAUUACAUUAAGUGUGGGAUUCAAUGUACAUUAAGACACCCAUGUUUCGGUAUCUCAAGGGUUUAAUUUAGUUAUUUGUGCAUGCUGUCUGAGCUCUUGCUGUAGCCAGUGGAAGUGUGGGGAGUCUGGUUGGUGGAGUCCCACAGAUGUUCGCACCAACAUGUGCUUCAUUACAGUGAACAAAAUCACUCCAGAGGCACCAGUGACUGGAAUAACUAAUGGCUCAAAUCACUUCCCUAAGAACAGAAAUUACCCAUCAUUGGAGACAUGUUUAAAAAAAGACUGGAUGUGGCACUCAAUGCCAUGGUACAAUUGAUGAGGUGUUAGGCCAUAGGUUGGACUUGAUGAUCUCAAAGGUCUUUUUCAACCUCAUUCAUUCUGUGAUUCUGUGUGAUUCUGUGAGAUAAAGGCAUUUUAUUUGCCAGAAGCGACAGGUCCCACAGACUGUGUGUUAUAUCUGCCCAUCUCACCUGUAGGACUUGGCUAGUCUUAAGCAUUAAAAAUGGCAUCAGAUACCUGUAUUUAGGGAGUUGGCAUUCAGUUUAGUUCUGAAUUCAUUAGACAUGGAGACUGGACAGUCAUAUUCAGGCUCUUAAAUUUAAGUGUCCUAAUCGGGAGUUCAGACCCACACAAAAGGGAGUUGUUUGAAUGGACAGAAGUUCUGGAGUGCUGUUCAGGGGGUUUUAGAUACCUGGCCUCCAGCUACUGUACUCUGCAGACCCAGUUUCAUCUUUCUCAGAAGUAAACAGGCCUAUCAGGUCCCUUAUCACAGGAGAAGGACCUGCAGAUACUUGUGAAUUAGGCAACUGAAGUAUGACAUAAGCGUCCAACUAUUUUUGAUGCUGUUCUUUGAGAUAAAUCUCUUAGGAUUUUGCUGCCUUGUCACAAAUGUUUCUAUAUUCUAAAACAGAGAAAUUCUAGAAGUAUGGUUCUUGUUCAGAAAUAAAGUAUAUUUGGGUAAUUUAAAGAUAUUAAAAAAAUUACAUGGUUGAAAAAUUAUAUACCUGAAAAGUAUUGCACUAUAGGAAAUCUGGAAUUGUUAACAUUCUAAAGAAACUCAAAUGUACAUGCUAUGAAAAUACACAAAUAAGGCAUCUAUACUAGCAUGCUUUUGUCUUGCUUUCAAUAGCAUUUUCAAAGUUUUCAAUCAGCUGGCAAAAGGAUAUGUUUUGUGACAUAGAUACAAGCAUCCCUGAAAAAUCAUGGAAAAAAUUGUGAGAGACCUCAGGAGCUCAUCUACUCCAACCAUGCACUCAAAGAAGGACUGACUUCUAAAAAGAAAGAUGGAUUUAAAAUGUGGUAAGUUUGUUCAGGAACAUGUCAGAGGACUCAGCAGGGACUAUGAGGUGUUUUCUCAGGACAGAAAAGUGCAGUCCUUUCACUUGGGUGGGGGUAAGA